UAUUUGUUGCUGCGCCGCCACCGCCCGAGCCAUGGUCCGCGCUCCUCUCGGGCUCUCCUAGCAGCAGCCGCCGCCGCCCUGUGCUCUCCGGCUUCACUUCCUCCUUCUCUUCCUGCUGGGCCACUUUCCUCCUGGCGCUAUGACCGUCGUUUCCGUCCCGCAGCGGGAGCCGCUUGUCCUGGGCGGCCGCCUUGCGCCCCUGGGCUUUUCCGCCCGCGGUUACUUCGGGGCUCUUCCGAUGGUGACCACGGCUCCGCCGGCUCUACCCCGGAUCCCGGAUCCCCGGGCACUGCCCCCCACCCUCUUCCUCCCUCACUUCCUAGGGGGCGACGGUCCCUGUCUGACCCCUCAGCCUCGCGCCCCAGCACCGCUGCCCAACUGCAGCCUCGCCGCGGCGGGGGGCCCCCCACGGGCAGCGCCAAAGAAGCGGCGCAAGAAGAAGGUGCGGGCCAGCCCGGCGGGGCAGCUGCCCAGCCGCUUCCACCAGUACCAGCAGCACCGGCCGAGCCUGGAGGGCGGGCGGAGCCCCGCGACGGGCCAGAGCGCAGCGCAGGAGGUCCCGGAGCAGGCCGCCGCCUCGGGCCCGGCGACCGCAAACCCCCCUGAGGAAGCGAGCCCCUUCGCCGGCCCGCUGCCGCCCGCCGCGCCCGGCCAGCCCUCUUUCAGAAGAGAGGUUUUAAAAUCAAAGAUGGGAAAAUCGGAGAAAAUUGCCAUUCCCCACGGCCAGCUUGUUCAUGGUAUACACUUGUGUGAACAACCAAAGAUAAACAGACAGAAAAGCAAAUAUAACUUACCACUAACCAAGAUCACCUCUGCAAAAAGAAAUGAACAUAACUUUUGGCAGGAUUCUGUUUCGUCUGAUAUAAUUCAGAAGCAGGAAAAAAAGCCUUUUAAAAAUACUGAGAACAUUAAAAAUAUGCAUUUGAAGAAAUCAGCAUUUCUCACUGAAGUGAGCCAGAAGGAAAAUUAUGCUGGGGCAAAGUUUAGCGAUCCGCCUUCUCCUAGUGUUCUUCCAAAGCCUCCUAGUCACUGGAUGGGGAGCACGAUUGAAAAUUCCAACCAAAAUAGGGAGCUGAUGGCAGUACACUUAAAAACUCUCCUAAAAGUGCAAACUUAGAUCUCAAUUUCAGUAUGUCUGUAAAACAUAGUUUUUCCAAAAUCCCUGGACUCUUGAAAAUUGGUACAGAAAUGGAAAUUUGCCUUGUUGCAACGUACAAGUGCAAAAGCUGAGUUUAAAAAAUUACAAACAGCUUGUAUUAUAUUUUAUAUUUUGUAAAUACUGUAUACCAUGUAUUAUGUGUAUAUUGUUCAUACUUGAGAGGUACAUUAUAGUUUUGUUAUGAAAGUAUGUAUUUUGCCCUGCCCAAAUGGUAGGUGUUUUGUAUAUAUACAAUGGAGAAAUUUUAAGUGUGUGCUAAGGCACACGGAAGACCAAUUUAUUUGCACAAGGUACUGAGAUCUUUUUUUCAAGAAACAGCUGUUGAAUCUCAAGGUGAAGAUCUAAAUGUGAACAGUUUACUAAUGCACUACUGAAGUUUCAAUCUGUGGCACAAUCAUUGUAAACAUGGGAUUUGUCUAUGUUUCUCUAAAUUGAUUUCUGCCUUCUAAUCUGUGAUUACUGGAAAACUCCUCUUCCCAUUUUUACCAAGCUUAAUUUCUGGCUUUUGGUUUAUAUCCAUUAUUCAAAUUUAAAAUACCUCUAAUUUUAAUGCCAACAAAAUUGGUUGUAAUCAAAUUUUUAAAUAAUAAUAAUUUGGCCCCCCCCCUUUUAAACUAGUCUUGACUCUUUGUGUGUGACUUUUUCAUGUUUGAAUGUGUGACAUGGAGAUGGAUUUUAACUCCAUUUUACUGGCUAAAUGUCUUUGGCUUUCUACUAAUCGCCCAUCUUCCCUCUGAAAUUAGAGGGUCCAAUAAUUUAACACUACUACCUCUAAUGGGAGGAAUUCCCUAUCUUACAAAUGGAAAUGGUUAUGGUCUAAAGUAAAGCUCAUUAGUUUAUAGCUUAGAGUAUAUUUUUAUAUAUGGACCGUUUCAUAAAGUACCAUUUGACUUAUACCAUAUGUUUUCAGCAAAAAAAAAAAAAGACACUUGUUUUACUAAAUUUAUAUUGAUACUGAAUGGCAGUAUUUGAACCAAAGCAAGGAUAAUUGAUGUUAAAAUAGUGGAUGGAGAUUUUAGAUAUGACAGCUUAUGUAUUUUUGCUUUGAAACUCAAACUUUGUUCUAUUUAAUAGUAUAUUUAUGUGGUCUAUUCCAAUAAGAAAUACUAAAAUGCAA